GGCGGCAGAUACGGAAUGGGCGCCAUGUCUCAGGGCGAUCCUGAGGGGAUGUCGCUGUUGUCGGAGGUGGAGGGCUGGGAUCCCGAGGCGUGCCGCCGCCAGCUCUCCGCCGCCCUGCCGCGCCUUUUCUCUUUAUAUCAGGCAACUGACAGUGGGAUUCAGCAUAUAAGUAUCUUAAGAAUGCUGACAGAGAGAUUUCUACCUCACAUAAAACUUUCAGAAUUGGAAGAAGUUUUUUUCUCCAAAAUAUUCCCAAAGACCAUAGAAUUAUUUGACCUUUUAUUAUAUGAAAUAUCUGCUGAAGCCAAAAGUUUAACAAACAAGAAUGUACAGUUAAACGUGACAUUGAGAAACCAUCUUCAGGCCCUGAUACAUAUGUUGCAAGUAUUAACAGAUUGUGUGCAACACAUUUGUAGUAGGCAGGAAAUGGUACCCUUAGAACAUGUCUAUAGCCUUCCCUCUUCUGUUCUUCAUGUAAUCAAGAACACAUUUCUACACUGCAAGAGCAGUGAAACUUUAUACGCAGAGUGUCUCCACAUGGUUUCUGAUUUACUACAGUCUUUGUUUAAGGGGACCUAUAGUUUGCAAAAACAGCUUAUGGUGUUACUGGAUAUUUUGACUAUAAAUUCCUGUGCUACUGAAGACAGCAUAAGAAUUAUGGCAUCAGUGAUUCACACUAUGCUGGAGAUCUGUUCUGCUAUUUCUAGCAUAGAUCAUGCACUUCACGCAAACACAUGGAAGUUUAUAAUCAGGCAGAUUCUCAAGCACAAAUCCUUAAUAAAGGACAGUUUGAAACAUUCAGAUAUCUUUAGUGGACUUUGUGAGGACAUCUUGUUUUCUUUCGAAUCUUGCUUGAAGCUGGCUGAACACAUGAAACUGUCUGGAACACAGGAGAUUAUUGAUUACAAGAUAUUCCAGAGAACGAUAAAACUGUGUAGAUUCUUUACCAAUUCUCUAAUGCACUAUAUCAAGGAGUUCACUUCAUUCCUAGUAGAUUCUUGCUAUCAGCUUCACCAGACAUAUCUUCAAAUAUACAGUAAAUUUCCACCAAGUCUUCAUGCUCUGGUGAUUUCCGAGGCUCAUCAGGAUGAAAUAGCCAAGGGAUUCCUAAUGUCACUGGAUUCUCUCCUCCCCCCGUUACUUUCCUUUAGGCCUUUCGUAGAAGUCGUGUUAAGUAAAACUUUAGCUCUCUCUCCUGAGCUGCACUUUCCACAGUGUCAGCUUCUUCUUUCUCUAAUGGAGAUGUUACCAUCCCAGCCCCAGGAUGUGCAGGCUCUGUGGAACAGUGGAAGUCAGCUCCCAGAAGAGAUUCCCAGGUUGCCCUUGUUUGCAGCCUUACUGCUUAGUCUCCAGCAGUGCCCUAGUGAGCUCUCUCUUCCUGUCUUCUUGCAAAGAGCAACAGAGACAGAACAAGCUGAGGGUCCUCUCACCUUUUACCACUAUGUUUGCAUUCACCUGUGUAGCUUUAUACCAUCCCUCUCAGGUUCACAUUUCCAUUUACUGGAAUCUUUCCUGCUGGAAACUGUAUUAGGUCCAAAUAUGAUCAUGGCUCUUCUAGCUAUGGAUGUCUGGUGCUUCCUUGCCCGGUAUGGAACAGAAGACCUGUGUGCACACCACGCAUUUAUAAUAGCACACCUGGUAAAAGCUUGUCCUGCUGAAUGUUAUCAAGUCUCUUUCCUAGGGGUGUUAUUACGACGUUUGCUCUUUCUGAUGGCCCCAGAUCACCAGUUAAAAUUCACCCAAAAGUUUCUUCCAAAAGAUUCUGAGAACUUACUACUAUGGCAACACCUUUCUCUCCAGGCUCUGUUACCAUUACACAGACAGCAGGUUGCUCAUGAACUUUUUGUGGCAGGACUUGUGCAAUGUCAGGAGUGGCUGAAUAGUGAAAAGUCUUUGAAUGAACUUCCACAAGUGAACAUGGCUCUCUCGGCCUUGCUGUCUAUGUGCCAGAGUGCUAGGGAGACCCUGGAGGAGGAGGAGCAAGCAGCACUGAUGGGAGCUCUUGGCCAGAUUGCAGUCCAUCUGUCAGCUACGCAGAUAUCCAGUCUAGCCUGCUUCCAGCAGAUGUUUUGCUUGACACUUCAACUUCUCCAGCUGUUCAUCGAAAGAUUAGAACCACAGUUGCUAAUUCAGAUACUUUCACUGCAAACUUCCCUUUUGCAAUUGAAUCCCCCUGAUCAUGUUGUGAUUGCAAUGUUAGAUUUUCUUUCUUCAGUGGGAAACCUAUUAUUCCUUCAGAUUUCCAGGAUCAAUUUCUGUGCAGCUUGUCUUGCUUGUUUGGUUCUUUACUGGCUAACAAUAGCUGGCUAAAACAACAGCAUGCCAUAGAGUCAUUCACUCAAUUUGCAGAGGGAACAAGCCAUGAACAGAUACUUCAGAAAUGUUUGAACUCUGUUGAAAUCAAAAGCAAAGUUGUUGACUUUCUCUCCAAG